GAUGAAUCUAUCACCGAAUUUGGAAUGGCUCGUACCAAGCAAACUGCCCGUAAGUCCACUGGAGGAAAGGCGCCAAGGAAGCAGUUGGCUAUCAAGGCCGCAAGGAAGAGUGCUCCCGCCACCGGAGGAGUCAAGAAACCUCUUCGUUACAGGCCUGGAACUGUCGCUCUUCGUGAGAUAUGUCGUUACCAGAAAACCAACGAGCUUUUGAUCCUCAAGCUUCCCUUCCAACGACUCGUUCAUGAAGUCGCUCAAGACUACAAAAAGGACUUGCGUUUCCAGAGCUCUGCUGUGAUGGCUCUUCAGGAAGCCAGUGAAGCUUACUUGGUUGGGCUUUUCGAAGAUACCAACUUGUGCGCUAUUCACGCCAAGAGAGUGACCAGCAUGCCAAAAGACAUCCGGUUAGCUCGCCGUAUACGUGGAGAGCGUGCUUAA